AUGGCACAGGUGGAUCGCGCGCAGUCGAACGCUAUGAACCUGCAGGUGCUCAAGCGCCAGGACGCGGACGUACUGGAGAUCGUGGACACUGCUAGCCACGUGGUCAUCUACGAGUUUGAUCAGGGCGCACAGAGCUGGAAGCGAAAGGACGUGGAGGGCUGUUUGUUCGUUGUCAAAAGAGCAUCGUCGCCGCGCUUCCAAGUCUUUGUGAACAACCGACUAAGUACGACUAACAUGAAGCUAGAGCUGGACGGCCGUCUCGAAGUCGACAAUGUCGAUAGCUUUCUUAUCCUUCGCAGUCCUGAUUCGACGUACCCGUCAGGGUUUGCGAUCUAUGGCAUCUGGUUCUUUCCCGAAGAAGAUCGCGCUAAGAUCCUACUGUUGUUUCAACGUCUCAUCCAUUCGUUGAAAGCUCCACAAAGCGCUGCCAUAAUGGACACGGCGCAGCAGCCCGCGAAGGUGCUGUCGCCGGGCAAGACGCAAGCAAAGCCAACGAUGCAGCACCAGCAGCAGACGUCACAGCCUACACAGCAGCAGGAACAACAGCAGGAGCGACCUGUGUCACAAUCGCGCAAUCGAGGGCGUUCGCGUAGCAAACAGGAUGAUGUGAAGCGACGUGGCGCGAGUGCAACAAACCCUACGGCGAUUCUGCAGCGAGAUCCGAAAGACAAGCGUAGCAACAGCAGCAGCAGUGGAGGCAGUGCGAACGGCCUGGUCAAGCAACAACAAAUCGCCCCGGUGGUUACCAGCUCGAGCGGUAUGAUUCAGAUAUCGAAGGCCGACGGUGCUGCCGCAGGUGAAGCUAUUAUGGACAUGAUCUCGCAAAACCGAGUGCGGCACCAAAAUAAGCACCUGCCAACGGCUUCCAGUGUGAACAAGGAACAGUUGAAGCAGACCCUGAUCGGUCUGCUGGAUGACACGCAAUUCUUCGACCAGAUUUAUUAUGCGUACGUGGACCGUAUGUCGAACCGAGGAUGA